CGAGAGCUUUUGCAUUCAAGUUAACCUAAUCAAGCUAGGGUUUGUGUUCAAUUCGAUUUCACCAUGGCUCGUAAUGAAGAGAAAGCUCAGUCCAUGCUCAACAGGUUCAUCACCAUGAAAAACGAAGAGAAGAAGAAACCCAAAGAGCGCCGUCCUUUCUUGGCCUCCGAAUGCCGGGACCUGGCCGACGCCGACAAGUGGCGCCAGCAAAUCAUGCGUGAAAUCGGUCGUAAAGUUGCUGAAAUCCAAAAUGAGGGUUUGGGCGAACACCGUCUCCGUGAUCUUAAUGACGAGAUCAACAAGCUAAUCCGAGAAAAGGGGCAUUGGGAACGGCGAAUUGUGGAGUUAGGUGGGCCUAAUUACUCGAAAUAUUCGGCCAAGAUGACUGAUUUGGAAGGCAAUAUAGUUGAUGUGCCAAACCCUAGUGGGCGUGGACCGGGGUAUAGGUAUUUCGGGGCGGCAAAGAAGCUACCUGGUGUGAAGGAGUUGUUUGAGAAGCCUCCAGAACUGAGGAAACGAAGGAGUAGGUAUGAUAUAUACAAGAGGAUUGAUGCAAGUUAUUAUGGGUAUAGAGAUGAUGAAGAUGGAGUUUUGGAGAAAGUGGAGGGACCAGCUGAGAAAAGGAUGAGGGCGGAGGCGGUGGCGGAAUGGAUGAGGAUGGAGGAGAUUAAGAGGGAGGCGAGGAGGGCGGUGAAGAGUGGGGAGGUGGCGGAAGUGGGUGGGGCUGCGAAGACGAUAUUGUAUGAAGAGGAGGAGGAUGUGGUGGAGGAGGAGAGGAGGGAGAGGGAGUUGGAGGAAAAAGAGAAGGAGAAAGAGUUUGUGGUGCAUGUACCAUUGCCUGAUGAGAAGGAGAUUGAGAGGAUGGUUUUGGAGAAGAAAAAGAUGGAGUUGCUCAGUAAGUAUGCUAGUGAGGAUCUGUUGGAGGAGCAGAUUGAAGCUAAGGCAAUGCUCAAUAUUCAGCGGUAGCUUGUACUACCAUCCAUGUACCACGGAGUGAGUUGAAUGAAUGUCGCCCUGGGUGGUGUGUGCCUCGGGAGCCAGCCCGAAGCAUGUGCAGACAGGCAGGGUUAGUUUCACACAUUUCAGUACAGAAAGAGAGGUCAACCAAGACACACUCUCCCUCCUACUACAAGGUUUAAAGAGGCAUUACACACUUGUUGAGUACUUUCAUUGGAGUUCAGUGUUUCUGCAUUUGGAGGUUGCAGCCUUUUGUUACCCCUCGGGUUUUAGUUACUGUUAACGCCAAUUGAUGGUAUCGUUAUGUUAUACACUCGCGUCAAGCUUGUAAUCAGUUAAUCUUUUUUAGAUUUGUAUGUUUAGAGUGAUUUUAUUGAAUUUAGAAGCAGUAAUGUUUUGGGCUGCUCGACCCAUUACCAAAUACCUCUUUACCUUCAUC